AUGGCCGCUUUUGAGAGACGAUUGCUUGCGCAGACCGUGGACCAUGCUGCCAAGCAUGAUCCGGAAAGACUGUUUGGAGUUGUCCCUCGGGGCUCUGAAAUGUCCGAUGGGUUCUUCAAUAUGACCAUGAAAGAUUUGGCUCAUGCCGUGAAUGUUGUUUGUUGGUGGAUCGAGAAAAGCAUUGGCCGGGCCAGUUGCAAGGAAACACUGGCUUACAUGGGCAAUAACGACGUGCGCUAUUUUAUCUUCACCUUGGCUUGCCAAAAGACCGGCUAUCAGGCAUUUCUACCUUCGACAAGAAACUCCGACGAGGCGCAGCUUCAUCUGCUGAAGGUGUCUGAAUGUUCAAAAUUCUUCUUCAGCGAGGAGCGAAGUUCUCGUGUUUUCGAGAUCCAGGGACUCUGCUCUGGCCUGGAGAUCUUCCAGAUGCCUUCUUUGCAGAAGAUGCUUGAAGAUGAAACAGGAUUACGCCAUUAUCCAUUCACUCGAUCCUACCAAGACGCAGAAGACGACGUAGCCUGUAUCAUUCACAGCUCAGGCACAACCGGAAUGCCAAAGCUGGUGCCUCUCACAAAUGGUUUCUUCAUGACGAUGGAUGCCAUGCCACAUCUACAAUGGCCCGAAGGCCGUUGCCCGUCAACUUUCUUCUACCUGACCCAGCGGGAUCGUGUCCUAGCCACAACACCAUUCUUUCACCUGAUGGGCUUCUUCUCUUUCAUCUCCUCUAUAUUUCACAAAGUGCCAGCUGUCUUCGGACCGGACAAGCCCCUGUCCGUGGGACAUAUGGUGGAGCUCAUAAAGAAGACUCGUCCGACUGGCGCCAUGCUUCCUCCAUCUGUGCUAGAGGACAUGAGCCAUUCCGAAGAUGGCUUAGCAUCUCUGAAAUACCUUAAAUUCGUCUCCUUCGGUGGUGCACCACUGGCGGCUGAAACAGGAGAGCGCCUCCGCCAAGUUACGAAGGUGAUCUCAAUCAUUGGGACCAGCGAGAUUGGAUUAAUCCCUGCAUUGACUCCGGAGGAUGACGCUAACUGGAGCUACUUUGAAUGGCUUCCUUCCUUUGGAAUCAAGAUGGAAGAUAAUGGCGACAAUCUUUACGAAAUGGUCAUCCCCCGUCGUCCCGAUUCUCGCGAUUAUCAGGGUAUCUUCCACACAUUCCCCGACCGCGACAUUUACCGAACAAAUGAUCUGUACACUCAGCACCCAGAGAACCCAAAGCUCUGGAAAUAUCAUGGUCGGAAAGAUGAUGUAAUUGUUUUGAGCAAUGGCGAAAAGUUCAACCCAGUCAACAUGGAAGUCAUCAUCGAGACUCACCCGUUCCAGGCUGGUCUGCUGGUGGAACCUCAUAAGGACGCUCCAGAGAUGGACUCGAAUACCUUCAUCGAGCAGAUAUGGCCUGUGGUACAGGCUGCAAACCAGACUAUUGCCGCCCAUGGCCGCGUGAUGAAGAGCAAGAUAGGAUUGGCGUCCAAGACCAAGCCAUUCAAGAGGACCCCCAAAGGUACAACACAGCGGCGUGCCGUGAUUCGGGAUUACGAAAAGGAAAUCAACGCCAUCUACGAGGCAGACCUUGAGGACGAGUUGCAGGACUGCCUCCCUGAAACGCUCGAUCAAAACAGCAUCGCAGAAUACACCCUUCGUACUAUUGCUCGAGUUCUGGAAAGGCCAAACGUGCCUGUCAACCAGGAUCUUUACAGCGCUGGCCUAGACUCCUUGAUGACUAUGCAAGUCGCAAGUGCAUUGCAACGAGGCAUCCAGAAGCGCCAGCCCCAGGUUAAGCCCGGUGCUAUCACUCCUCAGACGAUCUACGCCAACCCAACCGUGGAGCAGCUAGCCAGUGUGAUUUGCGGCAUUGUGGAAGGCAAGGCUCAAGCUACCAUUCCCCGGGACGAGAAGAUCCGGCGCCUUGUAGAAAAGUACACCGCCGAUCUCCCAGAAGCCCGGAGUGAUGUGCCUUCGGUUCUGCCGAGCUCGCCAUCAACUGUCAUCUUGACGGGUUCCACCGGAUCACUUGGCAACUAUCUCCUACACAAUUUGCUCAGCAGACCUUCCAUCUCCAAGGUGUAUUGUUUGAACCGUUCAGAUGCCGCAAGUCGCCAGAAAAAGGGCAUGGAAGAGAAGGGUCUCCAGGUUGAGGUCGGUGACUGGGCGAACAAGGUUGAGUUCCUUCAAGCCUCAUUUGGAGAGAUUCGAUUCGGCCUCGAAGAGGCUAAAUACGAAGAAAUGCUGGACUCUGUUGACACAAUCAUUCACAAUGCUUGGAAAGUCGACUUCAACAACUCAGUCGAAUCAUUCGAGGAUACCCACAUUCGCGGCCUACGACGCUUCGUGGACUUUAGCCGAGCCAGUCGUUUCAGAGCUCAUCUUCACUUUGUCUCCUCUAUCAGCACCGUUGGCUCUUGGACUCCAGACAUGGGACCCGUCGUGCCAGAGCUUCCAAUGGAAGAUUCCUCGAUGGUACUUCCCCAGGGCUACGGCGAGUCGAAGCAUGUCUCCGAGCGCAUCUGCCUGGAAGCUUCACGACGUUCUCGUGUUCCCACAACCGUCUACCGAGUUGGUCAAAUUGGUGGUCCAACUACAUCAAAGGGAGAAUGGAAUCGUCACGAAUGGCUUCCGACCAUCAUUGCCACCUCUAUCUCCAUGGGGAAGAUCCCCAACCAACUUGGGUCAAUGCCCGUGGACUGGGUUCCAGUGGAUAACCUCGCAUCAAUCAUGACCGAGAUAGUCCACACCCGCCACGGAGAUCGAUCAGAAACCCCUACAGCAGUAUUCCAUCUCACUAAUUCGAAAACUGCUCAGUGGUCAUCGCUCAUUCCGGCUAUCCGGGAGAAGUACCAAGUGGAGCCCGUCGACUUCAGCGCCUGGAUUGCUGAGCUCGAGAGUGUCCAAAAUCCCAGCAGUGCCGAUGUAGCUGCGAAGCCUGCUUUGAAGCUGCUCAGCUUCUACCGCGGGCUAGUCGAUGAGAGCCACGCCGCAAUGGGUGUACCUUUGGAUGUUACCAAAGCUAAGGAGGCGAGCGAGACGAUGAGGUCUUUGGGACCUAUCUCCGCGGCGUUGAUGUCGAACUGGCUUCAGCAGUGGAAGUUCUAG